GAAUUCUCUUUCAAGAUUGUUUCCACCUAUGUGGGCACCUGAUCUUGGAAGCAAUGGUGAUUUCUCAGGGCUCUCAUCGAAGCACUUGGUUGGAAAUAAGGAUUUUCCAGACCUGACGGGGACACAGAGCUACUGUCAGGAGCACCUGCAAAAGCCUCCUGGUGUGGACGUGUUGCACAGAGGUUUGGAAGAUCUUCACCUCAUCGAGUCUUGGCUUUCUCCGCCUGGCCCUUGCACUCAGCCUGAGGAUUUGCUGAAGAGCAGUUAUCCUGAACAUUCCUCUUUGCAAAAUAAUGAUACACUUCACCAAGAACGGUUUGCAUUUCAAAACACAGGCUAUAAUCAGCAUUCGUGUGGUUACGACCGCAUGAGUUUAAACGGAGACUACGAAAAAAUGGGGUCCAAUUUUAGCACUUUUUCUUCUCGGAACAGCCUGAAGGAAGGCAGUGGCGUUCAGAAAGAAUAUUGGAAAGCUGAGAGAGCGAGAAGCAAAGCUCUGAAAAAUCAGGCUCCAAACCAAACUAAGUAUUCCCCUCAUCUUUCCAAUGCUGCUGAUGCCUCCUGGGAUAAACUGUCCCAGGACAACCAGUUGUUUUCUAAAAGAUACGAAAAUUUUACAGCUGCUCAUAAACUGCCGUCACCUUUUCACCCAUCGCUGUAUUUUUUCAAUCAGCCCCCUAAAGAAAAUAACUUUUCUGGAGGGUUGAACAGAAAACCGCAGCAAACCCACGUGCAGAAUGGUCAUCGUAGCUUCACUUUGGGAGAUGCUUUUAAUAAUAAUGAAUGUAAGAUCCAGGUUAGUCCGAAAGAAUCCUCUCUGAAAGUGUCUGAGUAUGAUUUAUCUGUAAAAAACCUAAUGCAGAAUGGGAGUUACUCAUCGUACCGUGGGUGUAGGUGGCUGGAUGGGAAAACAGCAAAUCCGACAGCGGCAUCGGAUAUCGCGUGUGGAAACCAAGUGGUUCCAAGUCCUCAGUCGUCUUCAGGGGUCUCAACCAUGUCUGGUGGCUCUCCCACCCAUCAGGCUGUACCACAACCCUCUUACUACUCACAGCUCUUACCUGUCCUCCCUUCCAGGAAAGAUGGCAGGUUACAAACAUCAAAUGGGUUUUCUAACAAUUUGAGAGUUUCUAAUUUCAUCUCGGAAAACCAGAAGCAAAUGAAACCCAUUGGACGAUCCCAACAUGAUCCAUGGACUAAUAAGGAAGGGCAAUACCGUAAAUUCCCCCUUAAUUUUGCAUCUGAGUGGUUAACGCAGAGGAAUGCCCUGAGUGAGGACCCUGAAAAAUACCACAGGUUUCCAAAAAAGCCGCCACAGGAAAACAGUAAUAGAGACGAUAGAGGAGGCAGGAGGAAUUGCUUCCCUCAUUUUGGGUUUACAGCCCCAAAUCAUCAGCAGUUCAAUAUGUUCCGAAAAAGCCAUGAACAGAAUGGUGGUAGCGUGUCAGACUUCAUCAACCCUUCUCUUCUUCCUUCUUUCCCAUUAAUGUCUGACUUGAAGCAAAGCCCCAGCUUUCCCCCAUUUAAUCACCACCUGUUUUCAUCAGCAAAUCAUCUCCCUUUUCCUCCGUCACCAUUCCCGUUCUCAGAACUUUUCGAUCUUUUUCACCACAAUGAUUUGAACCCCUUGAAUCCCUUCAUCAACGAUCUGCUUUGUGGGGAAAUAGCUGCACCGUGCUUUGCCUUUCCGAACCCAUUUAACAAGUACAGACCUCCACGAAAUCGCAGCGGUCCGGCCAACGAGCUCCAUGUCCGACUGGAAGAGUGUUACGAGCAGUGGAGAGCUUUGGAGAAAGAGAGAAAGAAG